CCCGACGUUAGCGCGCGCUUACAGCUCAAACCUUCCCUUAAGUGUUAGAGAGGUAGCUGCGUGCUGCACUUCUGCUGGCCAGCAACAAAGAACCUGAACGUUUAGAACGGUUCCCUUUUUUUAAACUCGGUGAUAACUCAAACCGCUGCCUUCAUUUUGACGGAGAAACGCUAGACUCGACACAAAAAGUUCUUCGUUUCAAUCUUCGCAUACUUAAAACUUAACAGUAACCAUGUUUGAGGCUCGCCUGGUCCAGGGAUCCAUCCUGAAGAAGGUGCUGGAGGCUCUGAAGGAUCUGAUCACAGAAGCCUGCUGGGACGUCAGCUCGUCUGGCAUCUCCCUGCAGAGCAUGGACUCUUCACAUGUCUCCCUGGUCCAGCUCACCCUGCGGCAUGACGGCUUCGACUCGUACCGCUGCGACAGAAACCUCGCCAUGGGAGUUAACCUCAGCAGUAUGUCAAAGAUCCUGAAGUGUGCAGGAAACGAAGACAUCAUCACCCUCAGAGCAGAAGACAAUGCAGACACACUCGCACUUGUGUUUGAGACUCUUAACCAGGAGAAAGUUUCAGAUUAUGAGAUGAAGUUGAUGGACCUUGAUGUGGAGCAGCUUGGUAUUCCAGAGCAGGAGUACAGCUGUGUGGUGAAGAUGCCCUCUGGGGAGUUUGCUCGUAUCUGCCGGGACCUGUCCCAGAUCGGUGAUGCCGUCAUGAUCUCUUGUGCCAAGGACGGAGUCAAGUUUUCUGCCUCAGGAGAACUGGGCACAGGAAAUGUCAAGCUGUCCCAGACCAGCAACGUAGACAAAGAGGACGAGGCAGUCACUAUUGAGAUGAAUGAACCCGUCCAGCUGAUCUUUGCUCUCAAUUACCUGAACUUCUUCACCAAGGCAACGCCGCUGUCCAAGACCGUCACCCUUAGCAUGUCCGCAGAUAUCCCUCUCGUGGUGGAGUACAAGAUUGCCGACAUGGGACACGUCAAAUACUACCUGGCACCCAAGAUUGACGAAGAAGCUUCCUAAGAAAUAUUACAACGGAUCAAAAAGAAUGGAGAAAAGCAGACAACCGUGACUUGUCCUGAAUGAUUGAAGAGCUGAGGUGAUCUUGUGGUGGUGGAUGAUCACUUUGUCUGGGGUUCUGAUCUCCUCUCCAAUAAGAUUCACAGCAGGAGGUGUAAUGUCAACGUUUAUAAACUGUCAUCUGUCCACCGCAUGAUGCCAUCUGUGUGAUGUGAUAAACCUUCUGUGCUUUGACUCUUUGUGUUCAAAGCCACUGGCGUUGGUUCAGAUGCCACCGGUGUAAAUUCCAGCACUUGUUUGCUCCACUUCUGUGUCUCUUGUUCUGUUUGCCUGUUAUGGGAAAGCAGAUUUCAAUUAUCCCAUUCCUUGUAGAUAAUGCAUUUGUAAAUACUUCCUGUGGUUUCACACUGUCAGACAACCCCAAAUGUUUUUGUAUUCAUUGAUUCAGUCCAAAAUAAAUGAUUACAUCUGUUCAU